AUGCGGUGGUGCGGUGUGCUUCUCGUCGUGGUGGCCUCGUUCCUAGUCACAGGCGGCGCUCUCUUGGCGUCCAAAUUUCCGACGCGUGAGAGUACCACGAAGCGCUUUUUAAGGGCGGAUAACCCGGGCAGUUACUCUUUCAAAGGCAUUAAUCGCGUAAAUGGUGACUUUGAAGGAGAUUCAGCAAGCACGGACGAUCUGGAAGAAAGAGCAGGCGGAGUAGGGACACUUGAGAAGCUCAAGACUCUCAAAGCAUUUAAGUCCAUCUCGCGGAGUGCGGCGAAGCCACCAACUCAUUUAGUAAAAAAGAUUUCGCGGGCAUUACCAAUAAAAUCGAAGCUCCAAGUCUGGUCCAACAAUGGGAAAUCGGUCUUCUUUGUCAGGAAGGAGCUAGGAAUGGAUGGACUAGACAGUGCUCGGUUGACGCUGGCAAAGAACUUUAAGUUCUACGACGAUUACGUGACUUCUCAACUACCUCUAUGGGCUAACAAACAGCUCACUCCGAGAGAAGUUGCCUCUAAAUUGAGUUUUCGUGGACUGUCAGGGGCAGUGAGAUCCAACCCGAAUUUCAAGUACUAUGAUGAAUAUUUGGUGCAGCAAGCGCUGGUGUGGGCUAAGAAGGAUGCCGACGUGGAUAAAAUAUUGGUACGAUUAGGACUUAAUUUGGUGCCUGCUGCUGAGCGAUCACAGGCUGUAAACAACAAGUACUACGAUGAGUUCGUGGCUGGACUACUGAGAACAUGGAAGGAGAAAGAUGUACCAGUUACCGAAGUUAUGACCAAGUUAAAGCUGGACCAAUUGACUGGAGAAGCUCUCCUGCCUCACCCGAACUACAAAUACUACAAAAACUAUGUGAAGAACAACUUGAAAGCAUGGGCAACCAAGGGAGACUCUCUGGAUGAUGUAGCAGUGAGGUUGGGACUAGACAAUCUGCAAGGAAAAAGGCUGGAAGCUCACCCGAAUUUCGUAUUCUUGGAGAAAUACUGGACAAAAAGAGGAAAAUACCAAGAAAACGGGUGGUUAAAACAAGGCAUGACUUCGUACGAUAUGUGGAAAAAGCUUCAGGUGCACCGAGUUCGUGCCAGUGUUCGCAGACAGUCUGCAACGUACGAGGCCUACGAGAAGUAUGUCAAUCUGAUUGACGAUCACAUUAUCCGCCUGCACAAAAGAGGUUUUCAGGAUGACCAAUUGCCAAGGCUGAUUAGUAAAGACGCCACUGCAGACGAGCUGCGUGAGAAGACGAUUAUUUGGAUCAAAAUGAAAAGGCCGGAGUGGUAUGUCAAGUUUUCCUUGGGGUUGGAUGGCUUGGGAGAGAAUGCACUGAAAGAAGCACGCAAUUUUCAGUUUUACAAGUACUACAUCGAUUCAACGAAUGCAGUGAAGCACACUAUAUAA